GAACGCACCAUGACACUGGCAGCUAGCCUAGCCGGCUAACUUGGCUAAUCUGAUUUAUCGUCUCGGUUAAGCGCACGUAACGCUAGCACCGGAUUACCAAAUUCAGUUUUCCAUAUCUAGCGUUUAACGCAGUUUCUGUCUGACAUUUACUAGCCGCCCAUUUCAGGAAUGGCAUCGCUUGGGGAGCCUGUUCGGCUGGAAAGAGAUAUUAAUCGUGCUGUUGAACUGCUUGAUAAACUCCAGAGGACAGGGGAGGUGCCUCCGCAGAAGCUGCAGGCGCUGCAGAGGGUCUUACAGAGCGAGUUCUGUAACGCUGUCAGAGAAGUUUAUGAACAUGUCUAUGAAACAGUGGACAUCAACAGCAGUCCUGAGGUCAGGGCCAACGCCACAGCUAAGGCUACUGUGGCAGCUUUUGCAGCGAGUGAGGGACACUCGCAUCCCCGCGUCGUGGAACUGCCCAAGACAGAAGAAGGUCUGGGUUUCAAUAUAAUGGGUGGAAAGGAGCAAAACUCGCCGAUCUACAUCUCACGGAUCAUCCCAGGUGGCAUCGCUGACCGACAUGGAGGCCUGAAGAGAGGCGACCAGCUUCUCUCUGUUAAUGGAGUGAGCGUGGAGGGUGAGCACCAUGAGAAAGCUGUGGAACUCCUCAAAGCAGCUCAGGGCACCGUGAAGCUGGUGGUGAGGUACACCCCCAAAGUCCUAGAGGAAAUGGAGUCACGCUUUGAGAAAAUGAGGUCGGCGAAGCGCCGGCAACAGAACAGCUAUCCCCAGUAGGAUUUUUCCGUGUUGAUGCCGUGCUCUCAUAUCUCUCCUCCUCGAGCCUUCUGGCCAUUUAUUCUGGUCUCUUUCUUAUCUCCCUGCCCCCCCCUUUCCCAAAAAAAGCAUAACAAACACUACAAGUUUAGCUUUAGUUCCUGCUCACACGUACUGUAUAUUGUGCUUCUACCUUUUUCUGUAGCAUUUUUAUUAUCUGCCAUUGUUAGACAGGAGACUACAACUCUAGAUGAACACUAGAAUGAUCAUGAUUGUCAGUGUAGGUGGUCACUCACACGUGUGCAUUAUUUUUGAAUUGACAAUUUGAAUGCAAAGCUAUUGAGACCAACUACACAAUCCCUUAGACUGGAAAGGUAGUGUUUUUAAUUGUUUUAUCACAGCCCACUACCAAGUGCCUCAGGGCAACAUGUUUAUCUUAUGUACUGUGUUCACCGUUGUUUUUCUCUCUCUCUUUUUUUAAUAGUUUAAAGUCAAGUCUUGGUAAUUAAAUGCUUGUGGCAGGAAUUGCAUCAUGCUUUGCAUCUAUUGUUUUCAUUUGAUUUGAUAUAAAUACAUGCAAAACAUAUGUGAAACCCUUUAAUUGUGCAAGCAUAAAAAAAAACACAGUUUGAUUUUUAUUUAUAUGUCAGAAUAGUGAAUCUUUUGAGGAGUUAAUGACAUUCUGAAUCUAUUAAAAAGAUAUCUGUUUGUUUGAUGAUAAGGGAAACCACUGACAGGAUGCUUCAAAACAAAAGUGAUGGAUUAUCUUAAAGGUUUUUCUGGGCUUACCCUUUGAGUUUUCUAACUCCAUACCACACUAUUAAAAGCUCAGCAAGUACUGUAAGUGAUGUAAUGGGGUCUCAGCAACUCCUGAACCAAAUUCCUGCCACCCCAGAGACUCACAUUUUUACUUUUAUCCAAGUAAUAAAUCAGAAGCGUUUACCUACGUGACAUGAGAUUUAAACUCUUCAACUUCUGAUUAAUUUUGUCUUCUGACAUAGAUCAGAAACUUUCUUCAUGUCAUGUUUUUUCCUUGCCCAGAUAAAAACUGAUAAAUAAUGAUGAAAAGUCAGUUACUUAACAUUUGUCUUUGAUCUUUUCAUAAAACCGCCUGUUAGCAUUGUUUGCAUCAUUCAGUGAAAAUUCAAAAUGAAGAAAAAUAAGAUAUUUGCAAUAUGACGCAAUCUGAGUCACAGUAAUGCCUGACGUGAGCUGUCAUCAUUGUUUUUGACGAAUGACUGGCAGAUAUUGAUGUCACACUUGCUGUAUAUGGCUGCUACGUAUUCAUCAACACUUUGCAGUGUUUAGAGGAUUGUGCUUUAAAUCUGUUGUAUUGGCAUAUUGUUUUUAGUUCACAGUGAAUGAAACAUUUCCUGAUUUAAGCUUUCAAUUUAUCCUGGUAAUCACUGAUUUCUUAAAGGACUAAAGAUAAAAGUUGACACUGGCGUUUGGAUGAGAUAACUAUUUACCUUAACGAUCAGCAAAUUACUUUAAACUUUCUGUGUUUCAUACCGAUUUCUUUGCGUACUUCAACAUUUUUCUUUUAUCAUCCCUAACAGUUGUCUUUGUACAUCAUAUACUGUAAUACACAAACUGCUCAUCAUGUUAAAAUAAGAAUGAUAAUGGCACACAUUUUAUUACUCAAUACUGCCAAACAGUCUUCGUUUGUUCUGAUACUGGGAGUUAACAGGCUGAUGUCAAAACGGUGUCAAUAACCUCCAAUAAACUGUAUAUCUAGGCUCUCCUGCUGCGUUUACAUCUACAACACAUAUAGACACAGUUUUUAUAGUCGUAAAAUGUUUGCAGAAUGCAUGUUUAGCGUUCACACUGAUAUUCUUUGUAUCAUGAGAAAAAAAGUCUUACUUAAAAAUCUGACAAGCCCAUAUCCUGCCCUUAUGCCUAGAUGCAACAUGUCAAUCAAACUUAUCUUUAUUCUGUAUAAAAAAAAACACAAAACAAACAAAAGUGAGCAUUCAGAGACUUUUCUUGCUUUCCCUGCAAAGGCGAACCCUCGUCAUCCAGUCAAUCAGGGUGUGCAACAUCAAAAUAUCCCCAGACCAAAUUUAAUUUCAGAUGUUUAUUACGUUUCCAUUGUAGACGUAACGUCACAUGUAUAAAUCAUUACGUGAACACGGCUUCAUCCAGUCUCGGGAUCAACGCCUCACAUAAUUGAGACAGGAAGGUAGUAAUGGGGAAGAUUGCUGUGAUUUAUCUAGCUGAUGUAGAAAUGAGAUUGUGGAUAAAGUAACAAACACACGGCAGAGUGUAAAAGCACGAAAACCAUCAGUGUACUCUCUUUCUUGAUGAUGUCAUACUAGUCCUCGACUGUUUGAUCCACUCCCCACGAAUGCAGUGUGGUUGGAUCCAGUGGAGUGCCACUUAGCAGAUGCAGAUUUCUGAAAACGGCUCACUGACAGUUUAUUUUCUUAUGUAGCAACUUUUGUGAUGUAGUUACUGCUUGUUGUUUUAUCCAUCAUCUCUUAACACACGUUGAUUAAUGACAACUGCCUGUGACAUCAGUUGCUCCACUCAAUUGUAGAUAGCUUCGAAUUCUUUAAGUUGUUCUAGGCAUUCAAAAAUAUGUAUUGCUUUUUCCAAAAUAUGCUUGGGCUUAAACGUUUGUCCUUUUAAAAAAAUUGCGCUGAAAUUCAUCACCUAGUGCUAAACAUGCAACUAUCACUGCAAGAUUGGGGAGAGAUUGGAUCAGCCAGUGAUGUGAUAUUUUUUUUCUUAAUCUACACCUAUGGAGCUAAAUUCGCAGUUUGCUAAAGAAACUUUAAGACCUAAAACAGAAAAUUCACCUUGGUAUCUGACUGUAUUUUAUAGUCACAGUCUCUGAGUGUGUCCAUUAUUACCCUCCACAUCAAUUCAAAGUCUGUUGUUCCUUUAAAUUUCAAGUUUAUGGUGUCACUAACUUUUAUUGUAUUGUGUUACUUUAAUAUUCCUUGAAACAGUGCAAGAUAAAUUCUGAUAGAAUGAAGAGCACAUAGCCCAGUUUGUGUGGCUGUGCUUACUGUAAUCCUUCACUCCUAAUGAAAAAUGCAGAAUUUUGGGUCAAAGUAAUAAAAUGAAACACACAUUACUGCAAAAACUGAAUGCAAAUCAAUAAUCUAUGCAAGGUUAUUAAAAAAAAAAAAAACAACUUUGGAAAUAUCUUGUAAUGGUGCAAAAAAAAAAAAAAGCUGUAAUUGUACUGCAGAAUGUUACUUAAAAUGACUUCUUAAAAAUUGUACUGAGACUUGUCUAAUGUAAUAUGACAUGCUCAACAAUUUAAGGAGCGCUGCACUCAGACACAUUGGAAUUUCUGAUCUUACGACACAUUUACAUUGUUUAUUAUCUCAUAAAAGUAGUUGCAGUGAAAACUUCCAUACGAUAUUAGCCUUGCUAUUUAAUUAAUGAUUGUCAGGAUGUGUACUGAGGAAUAGGCUUAUGUGGAAGCGAAGUUAGCGAUAGCUCACUCCUGAGGCUACUUUGAACAUACUGUACUUUUGUUCGAGGCAGAGAAUUUAGCAGAAGAGUCGGGGUGUAUAUAAAAAGUUGAAAGGUUUUAAUAUAAUGUAUAGUUUGUCACUUAUUUGUGUUUUAUCCAGCACUAGCUUGCUAGAUUCGCAGCAUACACACAUGUAUAGUAAAUCAGGAAAAAAAUGUAAUGAGACUUGGUAUUGAUAUUGCACAGUCACACACUCUCCACUGAAUGUCACUGACCAUCAUCGAACUUAGUUGCACCAUUUUGUGAAAUACCCUUCAACUUUCUACCUGUUUUCCUUGUCUAUAUAUUGGAAUGGUCAAUAGAGUAUUUUUUAUAAUACUUUUUCUUUUGAUAUUUUUCUCAAUUUUUAUAAGUGAUUUUUCCUAAAAAAACAAAUACCGGGAAUGAUUGGUACUUCCAUUUUGACUGUGUACCAGGGCCAUAUCAGCGAAAACUCUCUGAGAAGCAGCACCGACGUCGGGCGGUUGCAGAGAUCUCUCGUCUGUAUGAAUUUACAGACUUCAGAGAUGAACCGUCUGAUGUCUUCACUUCUUUUCUGAGAUCUCAGCUGAUUCUUUUUUCUUUCUAGUACCAAGACCAAACUUGCAACAAUUGUGAAAACUUUGAUAAUGUUUUGAAAUGUUUUAGUCAGUGCUUGUUUAGGGUUAUUACCGGUAGAUUGUGUUGUGUUAUUUUUGUGUUCCCUGGUUUCUUACCUAAUUUACUGUGUUACAUUGAUGUGGAAUGUAAAAUGUUGUGAUGUAGAACAUGAUGAUUAAUUGGAUUGGAGCUAAAUAAACUAAAUAUAACUAAAUGCAUCA